AUGCAGUUCACAGGUAUAGAAGAAUUGGACAUCAAGAUCUUUUCCCUUUUGGGUCCUUGUGACCUCAUGCGGUCUUGUCUCGUCUCGCGUUCCUGGUGCCGGUUCGUGACUGGCCACCCAUUCAUGAGAGACUUGGUUCUUGAGAUGGUGAAUGUCGCUAACACCGGAGUCAGAUUCACGAACCAGCACCCUGAUUGCGCGUUGCUAGUUAGAGCGCUCAAGUACGCUCCUCGGAUUAACUGCCUAUCUGAGGCAGUUAAGGCGUCGUCUCAUCAUCAUGAAGAAGAAGGAUAUGACAACAUCUCAAACACGGUCCAUGACUUCAUGCUGACGGGUCCUUGGAUGAGCAGAGGACGAAGUGGUUCGUCGGGAACUGAAUGGCUCAUGUAUAAACUGAACGAGUUGUCUCUUGUUGGUAGCAUCAAAAUCUACCUAGAACCAACUUAUCCUAGCCUACCUGUCUCUCCCGUCUAUGGAGCACGUUUUGUUCGCUUCAUCUUUGGGGAUGUUAGUGAAGAAGAUGUCUUCAGUGCGACAUUUACCACUCCUUUGUUUCCUAUGACUCACAAUAGGGCCCAGAAGUUUAGUCUGGAGAAACCUCUCAUUUGCAUCAACAAGUUUCUGGUGGUUGAGUUCCAUGAACCGGUUUUAUCAGUUGGUGGUCUAUACCAUAUGGGUGUCUCCUAUAUCCGCGUCAAGGGAAGAGAUCUUGGAAGCUCAUUUAGGCGUACGUUCGUUUCUCCGACAGGGGACGUGGUGCUGCAAGCGACCACUUACUUGGAUCCAAAGGUCAAGAGCGAGCUUGAUUUACUCGCUGCUCGUCUUCGUGUGGGUGAUGAUGUUCAAAUUCCAAAGCUAGUGGGAUUCUUGAAUGACGAGAACAAUGUUUGA